AUGAGAUCGAAGUAUCAUACUGACUUUUCUAACAUUACGAGAAUGGAUUUCGUUUUUUUGGCACUAUGCACUUUUUACUUUCUUGUGAUUUUCCUAUUUCUGUCGAUACUGCAUGGUCAAUAUAACGUUUAUAAGAACUUUAAAAAUAUUCCACAAAUUGACAGAUUUCCUUUUGGUGAGACGUUUGAGCUAAUGAAUCUGUCAAGCUAUGCAUGCACGAAAAGAUUAUUAAAGCAUUUGGAGAAGACGACUAAAGAAGGAAUAUACAUAAAAUGGAUGUUCGGCAAACCUUAUAUUAACGUGUUUAAACCAGAAUAUUUAGAGCUUAUUCUUCCCAGCACUGUAAAUAUUAAAAAAGGGACACACUAUAAACUACUGGAACCCUGGUUAGGCAACGGACUUAUAACAUCUACAGGAAAACAAUGGUUCCACGAUAGAAAACUAAUCUGGCCAACAUUCCAUUUUAGUAUAUUAAAUCAAUAUGCUGUGAUUCAGUCUGAAAAAGCAGAAAUUUUAACAACGUGUCUCGAAAGGAAAAUAGAGAAAAAUCCAAGGAACGCCAUUGAUAUUUGCCCUUUUAUUUUCAAUGCUACUCUUGAUAUUAUCUGCGAAGCAGCAAUGGGUGUGAAUAUACGUGCUCAAGAAGUCGUAACCAAAUAUACAUCAGCAGUACAUAAAAUAUCCUGGUUAAUAACGACACGAACCAUUCGACCGUGGUAUUGGAUUAAUUGGUUGUACUAUUUAACACCUGGAGGAAAGCAAUAUAAGUCAACGCUUGAUACAUUGCAUGAAUUUACGAAACAGGUGAUACAUAAGAGAAAGGCUGAACGGCAAUCACAAAACGGCUAUUUGGAAUUUGAAAAUGAGAACAAUGAAUAUAACAUAGGUAAACGUAAGAGAAAAACGUUCCUAGAUCUAUUAUUAGACCAGAAUGCGAAAGACGACUCUCCCUUGACUGAUGAUGAGUUGAGAGCGCAAGUUGACACGUUUAUGGCUGCGGGACACGACACAACUGCUAUUGCGAUAAUCUGGGCACUCUUUCUCUUGGGCAAUAAUCUCGAGCAUCAGGAAAAAGUUCACAAGGAACUCGAAGAAGUUUUCGGAAAUUCGGAGACACCGGCUAGUGUAAAGGAACUAUCGCGAUUAAAAUAUCUUGAUAGAGUUAUAAAAGAGACGCUCCGAAUAUUCCCGAGUAUACCUUUAGUCGCGAGAAAGCUAACAGAAGAUAUAAAAUUGGGUAACAAUGUCCUUCCGACAGGUCUUACGAUCGGAGUGUCAAUAAUAUUUACACAUCGGAACCCGGAGAUUUGGCCGGAUCCAUUAAAGUUCGAUCCGGAUCGCUUUCUUCCAGAAAACUCAAAGCAUAGACAUCCAUAUGCCUUCAUUCCGUUCAGCGCUGGACCGAGAAAUUGUUUAGGCCAGAAAUUUGCUUUAAUCGAACAGAAAAUCGUGUUGACUGCUGUUCUCAGAAAGUGGAAGGUGAAAAGUGUGAAAACAGUCGAUACGAUCAAGUACGGUGGUGCUCUCACUUUGAAACCUAGAGAGGAAGUACUCAUGCAUUUUAUGCCUAAAAAAUAAGCAGUUUGAUAGCAAAUACAUGCUUUUUAUAAUUCUUUUCUUAUUAAUUCUUUUAUGUACAAAUUGUAUUCUUGCAUAUAUACAUAUAUGCUCGGAUAUGAU